AUGCCCACCGCCAAGACCGUCCCCUUGACCGUGGUCGACACCAACAAAACGCCGUGGCAGCCGUUCCCCGUACCCUACAUCGGCGCCAAUCUAGAUCACAACCCUCUACACGAGGAUGCCGAAACAGGCAUGACGAUCCUCAAGCUAACCUACCGUGCCGGCUUCACCAACCCCUGGCACAGCCACUUCUGCGGUCAUGGCUUCUACGUGCUCGACGGCAUCCUCGACACGCAUGGCGGUCAAUACGGCCCCGGCAGCUGGGUGUGGUUCCCCGAGGGAGGCACCAUGUACCACGGCGCGACCAAGGAGAAGGACGUCACGGUGCUUUUCAUCACCAACAAGAAGUUCUCGAUUCACUUUGUGGGGGAUGGGAGUGACCCGUGCGCGCUGGAGAUGGAUCCCGCGGAUCUUAAGCGCAUGGUGCCGCAGCCGUUGCAGAAAUGA